AUGCCCAUGCUUGAGGACCCCUCCAAGCGCUACAAGCCUUUCGAGGCCAUCCCCUUCCCCCAGAGGACGUGGCCUGACAAGGUCUGCAAGAAGGCUCCCAUCUGGCUCUCGACUGAUCUGCGCGAUGGAAAUCAGUCGCUCGCCAACCCCAUGUCCAACCCCCAGAAGCUGAGGUUCUUCCGUCACCUCGUUCAGAUCGGUUUCAAGGAGAUCGAGGUCGCCUACCCCGCUGCUUCCGAGCCCGACUUCAACUUUGUCCGCGAGCUCGUCAACGGCAACGAGGUCCCCGACGAUGUCUGGAUCCAGGUCCUCACCCCCGCCCGUGCCGACCUCAUUAAGCGAACCUUUGAGGCUGUCGGAGGUCUGAAGAACGUCAUCAUCCACAUGUACAACGCUACCUCGUGUCUGUUCCGUGAGGUCGUCUUCAACAACGACCGCGAGGAGACGAUCCAGCUCGCCGUCGAGCACACCAAGCUUGUCCGUGAGCUCGCCGAGCAGUACGCCAAGUCGCACGGCACCAACUUCCGCUACGAGUACUCGCCCGAGACCUUCUCGCAGACCGAGACGCCGUAUGCCGUUGAGGUGUGCGAGGCCGUCAAGAAGGCCUGGCUCGGCGGCAAGGGUAGCGUCUUCGCCGACGGCCGCAACGAGGAGCGCAUCAUCUUCAACCUUCCCGCCACCGUCGAGGUCGCCACGCCGAACUGCUACGCCGACCAGGUCGAGAUGUUCUGCACGUCGAUCACUGAGCGCGAGAAGUGCAUCAUCUCGCUGCACACGCACAACGACCGUGGCUGCGCCGUCGCCGCCGCUGAGCUCGGUGUUCUUGCCGGCGCCGACCGUGUUGAGGGAACUGUCCUCGGAAACGGUGAGCGUACCGGAAACGUCGACAUUGUCACCCUCGCCCUCAACCUGUACUCGCAGGGAUACUCGCCGAACCUCGACUUCUCCGACAUGUUCUCUAUCGUUGACACUGUCACCGACUGCACCGGCCUUCCGGUCCACCCGAGGCAUCCCUACGCCGGAGAGCUCGUCUUCACCGCCUUCUCCGGAUCGCACCAGGACGCGAUCAAGAAGGGCUUCGAGGCUCAGCACAAGCGCGAGGCUGCCGGCGACAAGAUCUGGAGCCUGCCGUAUCUCCCGAUCGACCCCGCCGACGUCGGCUGCACGUACGAGGCCGUCAUCCGUGUCAACUCCCAGUCCGGAAAGGGCGGUAUCGCCUACAUCGUCAAGACUGCGCUCGGCCUCGACGUCCCGCGCCGCAUGCAGAUCUCGUUCUACUCGGUCAUCCAGGACCUGUCCGAGAAGACCGGAAAGGAGAUCACGGUCAAGGACAUCACGACAGCGUUCCGCGAGACGUACCACUUUGGCACGGACUACUCGGGCCGCAUCGAGCUCAAGAGCUUCUCCAUGGAGAACCAGCGUGCCUCGGCCAACUCGUCGGUCAUGAACACGCCCGAGCAGUCGCCGUCUCGCCUGGGCGGCCUGUCCAAGAUCUCGUCGCUCUCGCUGGAGAAGGAGGGAUCGAGCAACGGCAACGCCAGCGACGACCUCCCCUCUGUUCCCCGCAAGAUCACUGCCACCCUCAUCAUCGACGGCAAGCAGCACAAGGUCACCGGAGACGGCAACGGACCCCUGUCGUCGUUCCUGGACGCCCUGUCGAGCAUCGGCAUCGAGCUCUCCGUCCGCGAGUACUCGGAGCACUCGAUCGGUGUCGGUUCCGACGUCAAGGCCGCGACCUACAUCGAGGUCAUCCCCCCCAACGUCGACCCGAAGAACAAGACCAAGGGCGGCUACUGGGGUGUCGGCGUCGAUGCCGACAUCACCGCGUCCGGUCUCAAGGCCGUCGUCUCCGCUGCCAACUGCUGGCUCGGCGACAAGCAGCUCACCCUCAACUAA